AUGGCUAAAUCAACUCCAAAACAAGUCAUCACCGCUGAACAAAUUUUAGUUCCAGAAUCUCAAUUAAAGAGAAACACUGCUGCUGCUAAAUUAUCUGAAAAAGCUGUCGCUGAAAAAUUAGCUCGUAAACAAGCUAACAAAGAAAAACGUCAAGCUUUAUUAGAAAGAACUGCUGCUUACCACGCUGAAUACGUUGCUAACGAACGUGCCAUCAUUGAUGCUAAACGUGAAGCCAAAGCUGCUGGUUCUUACUAUGUUGAUGCUCAACAAAAAUUAGUUUUCGUUGUUAGAAUCAAAGGUAUUAACAAAAUCCCACCUAAACCAAGAAAAGUUUUACAAUUAUUGAGAUUGUUACAAAUCAAUGCUGGUGUUUUCGUCAGAUUAACCAAAGCUACUGCUGAAUUAUUACGUUUAGUUGAACCAUAUGUUGCUUACGGUUACCCAUCAUUAUCAACCACCAGACAAUUAGUUUACAAACGUGGUUUCGGUAAAGUUAACAAACAAAGAAUUGCUUUAUCUGACAAUGCUAUCAUUGAACAAGCUUUAGGUCAAUACGGUAUCACUUCAGUUGAAGAUUUAAUCCACGAAAUCUACACUGUUGGUCCAAACUUCAAACAAGCUAACAACUUUUUAUGGCCAUUCAAAUUAUCCAACCCUUCAGGUGGUUGGGGUGUUCCAAGAAAAUUCAAACAUUUCAUUGAAGGUGGUUCUACUGGUAACAGAGAAGAAUUCAUCAAUGCUUUGAUUAAAAAACAAUUAUAAGUUGUUUGAGUUUUCUCUACAAUAUAGAAAGGGUUAAUAUGGGUUUUUAUAGUGUUUUUAAAAGGAUAAUUAUGAUAACUUGUUUGAUCUUUUUCAAAAAAAAUUAAAUAAUGGAUUUCUGUAUAUUAUUAUGUUGGCUAAUGGGUUUUUUAUUUCUACAUCAAUUGUAAUUCUUUUCUCGAGAUGAUAGCUUCAACCUCUAGGCUCUUGCGUUAAAGGUGAUCAAACGAUUGGGACUGGAUCUAUUGCGCUAGUUAGGCUAGGCGGUUAGCUUUAUCGAAUUUUCAAUAGUUAUACAAUGAACAUACUCAGAGCAAUUGAACAUAAUCAUUGGAGUUUAUUCAACUAAUUCUC